CGCCGCGACCCUCACAGACCCCGCCAACGCAAGAUGAUCCUCACAAACUGCGCCGCCUGCGCCGCCCCACUGGCCCACAACGCGCCGCGAUGCGUUAGAUGUCACACGAGAUAUUGUAACAAGACUUGCCAGCAUGACCACUGGCGCCGCGGCCACAAGCAGAUGUGUAAGAAAAUACACCGCGGCGGCAACGCAGAACAGUAUAAUGCCGACAAAAAAUACAAGGAGGCCGUCGCGGUCGCGGUCGAGGCAUGCGCGGACGACACGAAGGGCCAGACGUGCUACAUCUGCACGCAAGCCCUCCAUUGGAAAACGAAGGAGGGCCUCGUGCGCGGUUGCGCGUGCCGCGGGACUUCGGGCGUCGCGCACGUGUCGUGCCUGGCGGAGCAGGUGAAGAUCUUGGUCGCGGAGGCGGAGGAGAACAAUUUGGACGUCAAGGUUUUGCAGGCGAGGUGGGAUCGGUGGCACACGUGUAGCCUGUGCGAGCAAGAGUAUCACGGCAUCGUGCGAUGCGCGCUCGGUUGGGCGUGCUGGAAGACGAACGUGGGCCGGCCGGAGACGGAUCGGCUCCAUGGCACGGCGAUGAACCUGCUUGGGGGCGGUUUAUACGCCGCAAGACACCGCGAGGACGCGUUGUCCGUGCAAGAGGCCGAGUUGGCUAUGCGGCGGCGCAUUGGCGCGGCAGAAGAAAUCAUUCUCGCCGUGCAGAGCAAUCUUGCGGUCACGUAUGACGCGCUCGGGCGGUUCGAGACAGCCUUACAGAUGAAGCGAGACGUACACUCUGGAACCUUGAAGCUAUAUGGCGAAGAAAGCAUCCACACGCUCACACAAGCCAGCAACUACGCGGCGUCCUUUAUCGCUCUACGACGCUUCGCAGAAGCCAAGCCACUGUUUCGAAAGACGAUCCCCGUGGCGCGGCGCGUUCUCGGGGAGAGUCAUGAGAACACGCUCAAGAUGAGAUUGGGUUACGCGGCGGCGAUCUAUUUCGACGCCGGCGCCACCCUCGACGAUCUCCGCGAGGCCGUGACGACGCUAGAGGAGCUGGUUAUAAUCGCACGGCGCGUGUACGGUGGCGCGCACCCGCUGACAGCGAGGAUUGAGGGCGACUUGCGAAACGCGCGAGCCGCGCUCCGCGCCCGCGAAACGCCGCCGAGGAGCGCGUAA